AUGUAACACAUUGAUUUAAGUUGGAUGGAAGCACAGGAAGUUGAAAACCACAUGAAUCUAGCCAACGAUAUCCAAAGAAGAGGUGAGCAAUUGAUUGAUCACGAGCACAAAAGAGAAUUUUUUUUUUCACCCACCCAUGAUGCAAAAGUACAUCUCUGAUUAAAUACUAUGUUUUAGCAGCAACCCGGAGAACACUCUGAUCCUAGGUGGAAUAUUUAUUUUCAACAAUAGAUAUACCAUCAAAGGGAAGAUGAGAAUACAAUUGUUGAUAUAAGGAUUUAACCAUGAAACCUUUGGCAGGAUUGGGGACAUAUAUCAAAACAUCCCUAUUUAUCGAAAGAUAAUCAUUUUAGUUAAGACACCUCAAUGUAAGCAUCUGCUCCAAAUACUUGAUACAUCUCAAACAUAUCGAUAAUUUUUAUAUGUUUCAUGAUGUAUUGCUAUCAGUUACAUACACUAUGAGCAUAUUUAUUAUCAAUUCCACUGGACUAACAUAUUAACCAAGUGCCAAGUAUUUGUUAUUUUUUUUUGCUGUUUUUAUAAUUUAGGAAAAUCCUGAGAAGGUGUCUCAAGAUGAUGUCUCGGCUCUGUCUUUUGAAGGUGUUCAUAUGUAUAGUGUGUAUGCGCGUGCGUACGUUCAUAGGUGGAGUGUAUGUGCGUGUAUAUGAGCGCCUGUCUGUAUUUUCUUAAAUUUUCUUUAACCUAGAUUAUCCAAGAUCUCAUAAUUCAGGGAUCAAACUAAAAUCCAUAUCAUAAUUUUCAGUGACAGCCCAUGCAUUUUACCCAUAGGGAGAAGCCAAAAAAUUGCCUACUAACAUGUUUUAGGGUUUCUAAAAAAAAUGUUUUAGGAGGACCCACUUGUCAGCGACCAAACUCCUGCCGCCGCGAUUUCAUCCGCCUCGCCCUCGCGCUUCCUGGAUUCAACUCGAGGUUCAGAUUCGUCCGCUUAUUUUAUUUUUUUUCUGGUGAAAGCAAAUCGCGCGAUCGACACAGGCAGGGGAGAGGGGAAAACGGAUUCCGUGCCUCCGCCAAGGGCGUCGGCGUCGGCGUCUUAUCGAUCAUCUCCAUGCAGCGGGAGCAGCGCCGCCGGCAAACGCGAGCCCGUGUUCCUAAAACAAGGUCACCAGCCCUCCAACAAGAUGGUGAUUCUAAAGGUGGCAAAAAAAUGAAAUAUCUGCCAGAUCUUCCGGAGGACAUUUGGUGGCAUAUACAUUCACUAAUGCCAAUGCGAGAUGCUGCCCGAGCUGCCUGCGUUUCUCGUACCUUUAUGCGUUCCUGGAGACGCCAUACCAGCCUCACCUUCAGUAGAAAAACACUAGGCGUGGAUGAUAAUGUGUGUGAAAUGGAUGGAAAAGCAAGGGAUCUCACCGGCAAAGUUGACAAAAUUUGGAUACAACACCCAGGCAUUGGUGUGAAGGAAGUCAAAAUUAAGUUCUUUGAUUACAAGACCAGGGCCUAUUAUCUUGAUCGUUGGCUUCAGAUUGCCGUCACACCUGGGAUUGAAGAACUCACCGUUAUUCCUUCUGUGAGCAAACAAAAAUUCAACUUCCCAUGUUCACUUCUAUCUGAAGGAGGUGGAAACUCGAUUCGGUGUCUGAAUCUUUACCGGUGUGUGUUCUGUCCUACAGUCAGACUUGGUUUGAGAAGUUUGACUCAACUUGAGCUGUUUGAUGUCCGUAUUACAGGAAAUGAGUUAGCCUGCCUUCUAGACAAUUCUGUUGCUUUGCAGCAGUUGGCACUCAUGUAUUGCACUAAGAUUAUUAGACUGAAGAUACCUUCCCUGCUGCAGCGGCUCAUCACCCUUGAGGUGUCUAACUGUAAGAGGCUGCAAGCGAUAGAGAUCGAAGCUCAAUGUCUCUCCAAUUUUCGGUUUACCAGUGACCACCUAGUACAACUCUCGUUUGGAGAAGCAUUACAGUUGAAGACCCUAGUCAUGCAGUGUCGUGGUGCUCUCUGUUAUGCUCGUGCCAAUAUUCCAUCCAGCUUGCCAAAUCUUGAAACUCUUUCUGUAUAUUCACAUUAUGAGAUGGUCAGUACACCAAUGAUUGGUAGCAAAUUUCCAUUCCUCAAGCACUUGACUGUUGUUCUUGCUGCGUCCCCCAGCCUAUGAUUAUUGUUCUCUCAUAUCAUUUUUUGAUGCCUCUCCUUCAUUGGAGAUAUUCAUCCUGAAUGCGGUGUGGAACAGCAUGCGGCAUCCAUCCAUUUUUGCAGAUCCUUCAGGUCGGAGGCAGAUGCCAGAGCACCACCAUGACAAGCUAAAGAGUGUGACUAUUACUGGUUUCUCC